UUUUGGGCGAACUGUUCUUUUAAAGGUCUCAUAAAAGUAGUCCAUGCGUUUUUCCAAGUCUUCUUAAGUCAUAUGAUUGCUUUGUUUGAGAAACAAACCCAGAACUUGGUUGUUAGGGUAAUUUUUUCCUAUGCAUUUUCGAAUCUGCAAUCAUGUAUGUAACACUAGAGAACCAACCGUGUUUGCCAUUAAACGUCGACCUCACUGUCAACCUUAGUUGUGUGGAAAAACAAAGCUCAGAUAUUUUGCAGAGCAUUUCUUUUCAUGUUUCACAGAAGAAAGAAAAUAAAGGGUUGCAACGACCCGAGGGUGAUUAAAGAUGACAAAAAAUUGCUUGCUUGCUUGCGAACUAUUGCUUGAAUGGAUUGUGUCGAGAAAAAAAAUGCACACCAAUUAUCUCAACUUUGCUUGUUUUGGUCCACGAGCCGGUAAAAGUGAGUCACACUUUCAGUUGCUAAUCAGCAAAUCUACAAUUUACCUCUAUUCAAAACAAGACAAAAGUGCCUAUAAAAAGCCAAUAUAAACUGUGUUUUUAAACAAGCGGUGGUUUCCAGGAGGUUCUGUAUGUGUUAUGAAACUCCACUGCCAUCAAUUUCACUUUCUGACAUUCCUGUAUGAGUCACAUUUGUCAAAAGCUCAUAAGUUAGCAGACACGGGGCUGAAUAACUCAUACUCUCCGCGGACUUUCUCGUGAACUUUCUUGAAACCUCUUACAUAAAUCCAUGCUAUGACUUGAUCUGUGUUGAAAAGCGGCAGGUGCGCCGGUCCAGAAGUGACGGAGCCAGCGGUCUGAUGAGCAAACAGUAAUGCUAGCGGAGAGUGAAAUGCUGGCGUGGUCUUGCUGUCUCUCAAACCAUAAUGGUGAACAUCUGCAUGUAGGAGUCGAUAUGUUCUGUUUGAGCGGACGGUCAGUUCCAUGAUAGAAGGCAAGCUGUAUACUAUCCAAACCAGGAGCCAAAUCAGAUUCCAGUUAUCUGGAUUUUUUUCAUUGUUGUUGCACUGUUAAAAAUUACCAGCAUUUCACAAUAAUUAACAGUAUUAUUUUACAGUAACUUGUUGUAAUUAAGUUUCCCUGUAAUAUCCCAAUGAAUACCUGUAAAAAACUAAAGUAUCCUUGGAUUUUACAGCAUUUAACUCUUAUUUUACAGUAAAAUCUUGCUAUCUAAAACCUACUGUUAUAUCACAACAAGGUCUGUAAUAUCACAGCAACACAGUGUAAAAAAUAAGUAUUUCACAGCAGUAAACAGUAUUAUUACAGUGAAAUAUUGUAUUGAAAUGUGCCCUGGGAAGUCACAUGACAUAACCGAUCUGUUUUGAAUUGAAAGCGCUGUCGUCGUGUCCCUCUUCUAUUCCGGGCUGAAUGGAGAAGGAGCCAUCCAAAAUCAUUUGGCGACACUGGCAAGCACGGUGAUACUGCUGGAGACGGAUGUCACUCUCUUCUGCAACAUGUAAAAAUGAGAGUGGAGUAAAAAAAUAGGAAUAAAGCUCUUGCUCAACGCUGCAGAGAAAGAAGACCGUGCACUGGAAUGGCAGGAGAGGCCAGACUGGCAAGAGGUCCUGUUGACCAAUACGGGUGUGUCAGGUGGGGCCCAGUAGAUUUGCCAGAGGGGGAGACCGAGGCAACAUUGGAGAAUAUAAAGAGGGAUCUGCUGAACAUCUACUCAGGCAUGCCAUCUAUUGUCUUUUUGGGGGAAGGAAUGAGUGGGGCAGAGAGAGCAGAACCAAUGAUGGAAAAGACAUGCAUCAUCCUGCGGAAAUACCUUAACAAAGUGCCUGCUGCAGCGAUGUCUGAGAUCAAACAAAGCUACAGGAGGCAAUUAGUUGAAGAGGACAGACCAUCCUGGAUUACUGUGCAACACUGGACAACCCAAAGAUCCGUGAUGUUCUGGCCUGCUAUGAUCCAGACUCUGACAAGGCUGCCUGCAUCCUGCUGCUCCUUAUGUUGUACUUCAGAGAGUUUGAUGCUUGAAGUUCAUCCAUGUGCCACUGCUGUGGACGUCAAUACUGCAGAACUCCCCGGAACCCCCUGCUUGAUCAUUCAAGGUGACAUGAUGAAGCCCUCUGGAUGGCUUAUAUCCAUCAAGGGACAUGUCGUGAUGGGCCCAUACCCUUUAUUUUUACAUGGAGUAGCACUUUCUUCAGCAGCUAUUACGUAUUCAACCUUGAGUAUCCUACCGCUGGAUCUUCGACACUGGAGUUCAUUCAAAGGUGCUUCCUGGGCAUCAAUCCUGAAAGAGGCUCAAAGACCAAGAAGCGGACAACUAUGAACCCUCAUGUGAGCACCCUUUUGAGGAAACUUAUUGACUUUGAGUGGGCACCAUAGUUUUUUUUUUUUUUGCAGCGGUAGUUGUCAGGCUCAGUUUUGAGUAGCCUUGUUCUUUUUGUAAUUUUUCCAGACAACUUUGCACUACAAUGCUGUUGCGUGUGACUCUUGAAGUACUUGGCAUCUGCUGUACAAUUGAAAAAUAUUUUUUUCUUAAUAAAUAUGCCAUUGGGCUAACGUUGACUUUACCUCAGAGUUUUUUGUUGGGGUGAGGGGGUUAAUUGUACAAUGAUUGUAAAUUCACAGUAAAUGGAAGCUUCAUCUGCAUUACUUUUACAGUAAGUUAUUGGACAAUUUUAGCAUGACUUCCACAGUA